GCUCAAAACGGUUCUCGGUUUCUGCCAAAGCCCCGUCAUUCAACGAAUACUCGCUCUCUCUCGCUUUCUCUCGACGACGGAUCCCUCCGUCGCAGUUUCGCACGAUCGCCGUCUGCAGGAUUUGCCAUAAACAAAUGGACUUAUAUUUUGGGUGAAAUUUCAAAAACCGAUCGCUGCCUUGCAGCAAACCCCUUCCACUCGAGCUGGAUGCUGGAGGAGUUGUCAAAACAUUUGCCCCAUUUGGCCGGACAGUAGAGCUCGGAGCCGAUCUGGACAAGGCAGUGAUCUGGCGUUCGGUGCGCGCCAGUCCAGAAAUAGUUCAUCCAUUGAUCUCGGAUGGUCCGUACGCGAUCGCGAUCGUAUUGUAGCGUGCCGGGUUGUGUUUAUCCGGGCCGUACCUCCCGCUGGUCCCCGAGUACGGUCGAGUUGUUUAUUAUCGGAUUGAUUUACGGUCUCCGCGCGUUCCCGUUCGAGUCACGUAAACAUUGAACAGAUAACAUGAUCAGUGUCGCCGGCCAGCAGGAUGACCCAUUAUCAGAGGUACAGCAGUACCAUCAGCACUUGGGCCCGAUCCCGCCACCUGUGCUGUUGCCGCAGAUCCCAUUGGGGGCGGGGCUCUCAACGCAGACACACCCGCCCUCAACAACUCCACCGCCGCAACAACAGCAGCAUCAUCAGCAACGUUAUGGCAUGUUCAACCCUACCACGUUGGCAAUCCCCAUACCGGACAACCUCCGUGUGAAAACUGACUCGACCCGGAUAUGGGGCUGCUGGAACGAUGCUGAAGCCGAUUCGAUAGGAUGUGUAGAAGUGCUGGCCACGGUCUGCUCGACCAUUUUGAUGGUCUUGACACUGCCGAUAUCCAUUUUCCUCUGCUUCAAGGUCGUCCAGGAGUACGAACGAGCAGUCAUCUUCCGACUCGGUCGUCUAAGAUCCGGCGGCGCCCGUGGCCCAGGUGUGUUCUUUGUUCUUCCAUGCAUCGACAACUACUGCAAGGUAGAUUUGCGUACCGUGUCAUUCGAUGUGCCUCCACAAGAAGUUCUGACACGUGACUCCGUAACCGUAUCUGUCGACGCCGUCGUCUACUACCGGAUCCGUGACCCACUGAAUGCUGUCGUUCAAGUUGCCAACUACAGCCACUCCACUCGGCUGCUUGCAGCCACCACGCUGCGUAACGUUCUCGGCACACGCAAUCUCUCGGAGCUGUUGACUGAGAGGGAAGCCAUCUCGCACUCGAUGCAGGUCACUCUGGACGAGGCCACCGAUCCGUGGGGUGUACAGGUUGAACGUGUUGAAAUUAAGGACGUCUCCCUGCCGGAUUCGCUGCAGCGUUCGAUGGCGGCGGAAGCGGAAGCCGCUCGUGAAGCCCGUGCCAAGGUGAUUGCCGCCGAGGGAGAAAUGAAGUCAUCCCGCGCCCUGAAGGAAGCCUCCGACAUCAUGUGCGAGAGUCCGGCGGCGUUGCAGCUGCGUUAUCUGCAGACCUUGAGCAGCAUUGCAGGCGAGAAGAAUUCAACCAUCGUGUUCCCACUGCCGAUCGAGCUGAUUGGACCGUUGAUGAACAUCACGUCGAGCAUUACGAGCAAAAUGGCGGCUUCAGCGGCGUCGACGGCUGCAGGCCCACGACCGAACGAAGUGAUUGACUAGCAUUUACCAAAGGAGGUUAAAAGGUUGUGGGAGUUCGAUUCGCUGUAGGAGCGGUAGAUUGUUGAAUUAACUAAUUGAUACGGAGCGAAAUGUUUGAGCCAACGCUUGUUAAAAAAUACAUAUAAUGAAGCAAAUAAAAAUCCUCUAUAAUAAUAAGUACGAUAUAAAUCAAUAACGGGACGUGCCAAAUCUAUGCGACUAUUUUUAUUCGAAGUAAUCAAAUUAACUAGUAAGCAUAAUAAGUAAAAGUGAGCCACUAUUGGUUGCAAAUGUAAUACUAACUGAAUUAGCAAAUAUCUGAGCCCUAGGUGUUGUAAAUACAAGUUUAUACGAUUGGAAUUGGAAAA